CGAACGGAGAGCAAGGUGAAGCCACAUCCCUCUACUAUUUGUGCAUGAUGUUAAUAGGAGUACAGCGAAUGCGAAUGGCGCUAUUGGCUGAUUUGAUAACGGAGAGAAGACGCCGUCGCCGAAGGUACAUGGACAUGGUAAUUCUGACCAACAAUAUGUUGUUGAACUCUGCCAUUGUACCGCAAACAAACAACGCUAUGGACAACACAAGAGCCACCACGCGUUUCUGGACCGAAGAGCAGACAGAAUUUAUGCUUAAUGUAUUGAAGGAGUUGAACAUACGAAAGUUCAUGGACGGCAGGAAGACCAGAAAUGGUGAACUGUUUAAAAAGGUGGCACUGAAGAUGGUAGAGGCUGGCUUUCCCAGGACCCCUGAGCAGAUCAAGAGUCGCUGGAAGAACGUGAAGAAGGCGUUCUUCCGGGCCAAACGGGACAGUGGAGUAAAUGGCCGUGGUCGCACUACGUGCCCGUUCUAUGAUGUCAUAGAUGACCUUCUUGGGAGCAGGCCUCUGUCCCUAGUAGAGCACAACGGCGUAGAUUCGGGUGUUCAGUUGCCAACUACCAUGGAUACUACAAUGGACCCGGAAGAGACGCUGCUCGGAGGCUCACCUGGAUCCUCCUCACCUAGGUCAACUCCACCACCUUCAGCCACUACUCCACCUACUGCGUGCCACCUCCUCCGUUAGGUCCUGCUCCUCAGCAAUCAAGGCGAAUGAGAGACGUCGAUGUGCUCGUGAACCAGAUGCAAAUCAUGAAUCAAGAAUGGAAGGAGGACAUGGCAAGAAGCGAGGCCCGGGAGGAACGGUUGAUCGCCAGCAUCCUCCAGAGCACUGACCGUAUGGUUGAGAAGCUGAUGCAGAGAAUAGAUAACAUUCAACCUCAACCAAACACAUCCUCACCAC